UCCCUAUAUAUAACACAAUUCUCUUUACCUUCUUCCUCAUCCAAUCCAACCAAACUCAACUCAGCUCAGCUCAUUUUACAGAAUCAAUCAAUGGGGAAUUGCGCAGUAUCUCCUUCAUACAGGAAGGGAAAUGGUGGCAACAACAACAACAACUUCAAGAGGCCACUCACAGUCAAGAUCAUUCACUUGGAUGGACGGCUACAGGAAUUUAGAGAACCCAUUGAAGCCAGAAAUAUCCUCUCCCAGAACCCCAACUGCUAUCUCUGUAGCUCCGAGUCCAUGUUCAUCGGCUCCCAAGUCCCUCAUCUCUCAAAAGAAGAAAAACUCCAACAGGGUCAAAUUUACUUCCUCAUGCCACUCUCCAAGUCUCAGGCGCCGCUCACUCUCCAGGACUUGUGUUCACUAGCCAUAAAAGCUAGCUCAGCUCUUCCCAAGUUAACCCCACAACCGCCUUUCAAGUAUCAAGUGGUUGCCACGCCUGCGCCAGCCGGUUUCUGUGAAGUUCCGACCGGCUUUCAGGUUCCGGCGAGGAGAUGACGACCCGACCGAUGAAACCGAAGAGAUGUCCCCUAGCUGGAAGCUUUAAAUAUUUUUUAAUGUUGAGAUUUUAGUGUGUAACGCGCUUAAUUAAUUGUUAAUUAAUGUUAAUACAAUAUAUUAAUUAAUUAGAAUAUAGUUUAAAAUUUUAA